GGGCUCCCCUGGGCACCGCACAGCGGCCACGGCGGCCCUCGGUGUGCGGCGGGCGCCCGUGACAGCGGCGCCGCUCUGCUCGCCACGCCGGCUCCGGGCAGCUACCGACCUCCCUGGAGCGGCCUCAUAGCCCGGCGGGAUGGGCGGCGAGGCGGGGUCCGCGGCGGCGGUGGGCUCCGAGGGCCGCGUGAAGAGCCUGGGUCUGGUGUUCGAGGAUGAGCGCAAGGGCUGCUACUCGAGCGGCGAGACGGUGGCGGGACACGUGCUGCUGGAGGCGGCCGAGCCGGUGGCCCUGCGCGCGGUGCGCCUGGAGGCCCACGGCCGAGCCACUGCCGCCUGGGGCCCGAGCCCUGGCGCUGCGGCCCCGGCCGCCGCCUCGGAGGUGGAGUACCUGAACUUGCGCCUGAGCCUGCGCGAGCCCCCGGCCGGUGAAGGCAUCCUCUUAUUACAGCCUGGAAAACAUGAAUUUCCAUUUAGCUUUCAACUUCCGUCUGAACCUUUAGUAACCUCCUUCACCGGGAAAUACGGAAGUAUUCAGUACUGUGUGAGGGCAGUUUUGGAACGACCCAAGGUGCCUGAUCAGAGUGUGAAGCGGGAGCUCCAGGUUAUUAGUCACAUCGAUGUCAACACACCAGCAUUAUUAACCCCUGUAUUGAAAACUCAAGAGAAAAUGGUUGGCUGCUGGUUUUUCACGUCUGGUCCUGUGUCACUGAGUGCCAAAAUUGAAAGAAAAGGAUACUGUAACGGAGAAGCCAUUCCAAUCUAUGCAGAGAUAGAGAAUUGUUCCUCUCGGCUGGUUGUUCCCAAAGCUGCUAUUUUCCAAACCCAGACGUAUUUGGCGAGUGGGAGAACAAAGACCGUCCGACACAUGGUUGCCAACGUGCGAGGAAACCACAUUGCUUCUGGGGGCACCGACACGUGGAAUGGGAAGACUCUCAAAAUCCCACCUGUUACUCCAUCCAUCCUGGAUUGCUGCAUUAUCAGAGUGGACUAUUCCUUAGCUGUGUAUAUUCACAUUCCUGGUGCUAAAAAGUUGAUGCUCGAGCUGCCCUUAGUGAUCGGCACAAUCCCGUAUCAUGGUUUCGGCAGCAGAAACUCCAGCGUUGCCAGCCAGUUCAGCAUGGAUAUGAGCUGGCUGGCGCUGACCCUGCCCGAGCAGCCCGAAGCACCACCAAAUUACGCAGACGUGGUGUCAGAGGAGGAAUUCUCUCGACACGUGCCUCCUUACCCGCAGCCCCCUAACUGUGAGGGGGAAGCAUGCUGUCCCAUGUUCGCCUGCAUACAGGAAUUCCGGUUUCAGCCUCCGCCUCUUUAUUCAGAGGUUGACCCGCAUCCUCCUGACAUAGAAGACACCCAGCCCGUUGCCUUCAUUCUCUGAACAAAUUUCCGAAGUCACUGCGGUCAUCGUCACAUUAGAAUAUCAGUCCCCUCCCCCCUGCCUUUUUGGAAAAGAGGGAGAGAAGAGGCAUGUAAGAACAUAAACGAACAUCCAGAUGGAAGGUGAUAGAAAUUAAAGACUAGGUGAACUUCCCAGUGGGCCAGCAGGAUCAUUGCACGAGUUUACGGUAUGGUCGUGAGUCCCCUGUAAGUAAUACAGUGAAUAAGACGUGAAAAGUCACAUGAGAAGAACGUCCUGGAAGUCCUGAAGGUGAUAGAGAAAGUGAAGGGUGCCUGCGCUUGACCCAAGAGAACAGACUCUGUGUGGAGAGUGGAAACACUAUGCGAGUGUCACUUUAGAAAGGUUUCUCCCGGUGGGACAGAAGUGGCCCUGAGCUUGAAGGAAGUACAGAGUCAUUGGGAGCCUUGAUUUUGCAGAAGGUAGCAGGAAAAAGGCCCACUCUAAGUACGGAGUGUGACCCUGACACGCGAGGGGCUUCAUGGUUUCUUACUGUGUCCCAUAGGACUAAAGUCCUCAGAGGAACCUUUUGAUGAGGCCCUAAUGAAGGAACACGGUGUCUGGGCUCUCCAGUAUCAUGAAGCCAAGAAAAGAGUUCCUUGCAAUGCAUGUCAGUUCGGAGGGGAAAGAUGAAUUUCAGUAUGAGAACACGUUUUGUUGAAGGCCAUACUUUUUCACCCCCUUUAAGUGCUUUGUUAGGAUAUGUGUUUGAUUUCCCCCGUGGCUUAUUUACCUAGGAUCACAGUAGAAAAAGAAAGGGAAAAAAAUAAUAAUAAGGUUGCGUUCUCAGGCUGCCUUGAUAACUACACGAAAAAAAUGCAAAAACAAACAAGAAAACCAAACAACAAAAGCCUUUCUUAACCUACCUCUAGUGGGGUUAUCAGAAUCCUUUGAACACUCUAGGCCUGAUGAGCCCUGUGUGGAGUUUCUGCUAAUUGGCAGUCGCAGUCUGCCCUGACCUAUCACUAAAGCUGCAGGUGGGCCGAGGGAAACAUCUAUAAGGCUAGUGUUAGAUGAAAGUUUAACAUAUGUCUACCAAAGGGUAUUUCAAAAUAAAUGCAAAAUCAGAAGAGGGUACAAAUAAGCCAUGGUUUUUAAAAAGGACGUACUGAACUCCUGCCAAGAGACUGAAGUCUACUGAUGACAGUCACUGUGCCGUCCGUGCGCAUUGUUCCUCCAAUUCCAGUUGUUUCGUAAUUCUAUUCAUACUGUGAUUUUUUUUCUUUAUUGUUUUGGUGCAAUAUUUUAUUAUCAUUUAACCUCAGGAUAUUCCGACCAACAAGAUUGUGUUGCUGCUAGAAGUCUGAGCAGUGUUUUUACUGUCCCCCUCUCCCCCUUCUGCUCAUGGUCAUAUGGUCACUCGCUUUUCCUUUCAUCUGUUAGUUUCCUGAGCCGAGAGCAUUCCCGGACCCUAAGUGGAAGGGAGAUAAGGAUUCCCACGAUAGAGAUUUUGGACCAGCCGAGUACUUUGGUUUUCUCCAUGUCCUACGGGUUCGACCUAGAAACCCUGGUGCUUCCCAUGCAGAAUGCCAUGCUUUGUUCACCAGAGCGAGUAAUUUUUCUUUUAAUCGGUAUAUUCAGUCACAAGUAUCAAAGUUCUUCUAAGGUUAAGUUUUGUAUUUAGAAGUUAGUUGGCCAUCUGAUCAGGGAUU